AUGGUGUUCUCUAGAGAUAUCCCUUCUCCUGCAUCUAUGUUCUCUACUUACGCAUCAAUGAUGGGAUACGUCAUGAUAAUCAAGCCAAUGAUUAACACAAUUAUUCCACGUCCAGUUCAAAACUUCGUUUUCUCUUAUCUCAAGUCCUUCGCUGGCUCUCGUUCAUCGACUCUCACGCUUACCAUCGAUCAAAUGUCCUCGAUGUAUAUUCCCGACGAGCUUUACGCAGCUGCUCAGGCUUAUCUCUCCACCAAGAUAAGUCCAAAUUCUGUCAGGCUAAUUAUGGCUAGAGACCCUGCGGAGAAGAAAGUCAAGUUAUACCUUAGCGAUGGAGAGGUUGUCUCCGAUGUCUACAAUGGCAUUAAGCUCAAGUGGAGGUUUCUUGCUAGAAACAAGAAUAAUACUAUGGUUGAAGAGUAUGGACAAAGCUAUCAGGGAAACAUUCAACGAGAAUCUUUGGAGCUGAGCUUCGACAAGAAACACAGAGACUUGGUCGUGAACUCCUAUAUACCCUACGUGGAGAGCAAGGCAAAGGAAGUCAACAACAAGCGUAGAAUCCUAAAAAUGCAUUGCUACUCGCACAUGGCUCAAACAUGGCAAUCCGUGAACUUCAAGCACCCUUCAACAUUCGACACGAUGGCUAUGAACGACGAUCUCAAGCGUUCUAUGAUUGAAGAUCUUGAUCGGUUCGUCGGAAGAAAAGAUUUCUACAAAAGAGUUGGGAAAGCUUGGAAGAGGGGUUACUUGUUGUACGGUCCACCAGGGACUGGGAAGUCUAGUCUAGUGGCAGCUAUGGCUAACUACCUCAAGUUUGAUAUCUAUGAUCUCCAGCUCGCAAGCGUUCAGGGAGACGCCCAUCUACGAAGCUUGCUUCUUGCCACUAAUAACAGCUCGAUUCUUCUUAUAGAAGAUAUAGACUGCUCCGUGGAUUUGCCUACAAGGUUGCAACCUCCAACCGAAACGAGCCAACCGCUAGGUGCUGUCCAGGUAUCAAAACCAUUGACGUUAUCAGGACUUUUAAAUUGCAUUGAUGGGUUAUGGUCAAGUUGUGGAAACGAACGUAUUAUAAUAUUUACGACUAACAACAAGGAGAAGCUGGAUCCGGCAUUGCUCAGACCAGGCCGUAUGGAUAUGCACAUUUACAUGGGACAUUGUAGUUUUCAGGGAUUUAAGACAUUGGCGUCUAACUAUUUAGGCCUGUCUGACGAAAAUGAUGAUACUCACCCUCUCUGUCCGGAUAUAAAGCAUUUGAUUGAUGGACACGUGUUGACUCCGGCUCAAGUCGCUGAGGAACUAAUGAAGGAUGAAGAUGCUGAUGCGGCGCUUGAGGGUUUGGUUAAGGUUCUCAAGAGGAAGAGGUUAGAGCCAAAGAAGUGUGAUGAUGAAUCUAAGAUGAAGAAACUGAAAGAGGGAGAGGAGGCAAUAGCUGACGCUGAAUUAGCAGUGUUGACUCCGGCUCAAGUUGAGGACAAGGAGGAACUAGUUGCUAGCGAAUAUGCUAAUGUGAUGCCCGAAUGGCUCCCGAGAUCGAGGUUGGUGAUGGUUCUGCCAGGGUUCCAUAGAGCAAGAGGAAUAAGAAGAGGUCUGGGGGACGAAAUGUAG